CCUCGUUCCAUCGCAUCGGCAUGAGAUCCAAUUCACAUCGCUUUGACCUAGACUCGCGUUUGCCAUGCAUCCGUCGUCGCCGAGCUCCACUCCUCCAAGAUCUUCUCCGUGUGUCGCUGCGUUACGCGGGUGGGCCAUUAAGAAAUGGAGUUUUCGACCGACAUGUGCAAGGAAUUGAACUGACUAUUUUUAAGGCAUUUAUCUACGCUUGGGCCAGCCUCUUUGUUGCUCCGCUGAUCAAAACUAAGUCUCCAUUGUCCUUGGGCAAAGUCCUCGACACUUCCAUCUAUCUCUUGUCCAGCGAAAUCUUCAGACUUCGAAAUGUCGACUGACGAGGGCAAGUCUGGAGCGCAGACGCUCGAGAGUGUCGGUCCCAAAGAUAAUGCCGCGACACCUCGGUCGUUCGGACAGAAAGCAAAGCAUUUCUUAAAGCGAUUCUGGUGGCUUCUUGUGGCCGUGACAAUUGUUAUCGUACUUGUCGUUGUCUUAUGCGUGGUCUUCGUAGGGAUACCUAACAUCGCGCAAAAGGCGAUCAACGAAGCAAGCCUCACGCUAGAAUCUCAGGUCGUCACAUUUCCUCAACCGGAUUCAAUCCAUGUCAUGAUGAAUACGACUGUCACCAAUCCUAGCUCUUAUCAUCCACAGUUGUAUUCAUUCCAAGCGGCACUGUUUCUAGAAGACACAGAGCCCGACAUCAAACCUUUUGGCUAUAUUGAAAUACCAGCAGCCAAAGCAGAGUCAACCUUUUCUAGCAUCAUAAAUCAACAAAUGAACAUAACGGAUCAAGAGCAAUUUGCGCGCUACAAUCAGCUGGUCCUCUCUAGCGAAACCUAUCGAGUUGCCCUCCGUGGUCGAAUCCCACUCAAAGAGGGUGGACUACCUAAGACCACCGUAAAUUUCAAUCACGUUGUUGAAUCCAAGGGUCUAAACAAUCUCCAAGGAUUUGAGAUCCAAAACAUAUCCAUAAGUCUAGUGGCUGAGGCAGACGGCACGAAUAUGAGAGCACAGGCUUUCAUUCCGAAUCCAUCCCCUAUCACAAUCGAGAUGGGCACGGUGACACAAAAUGUCUACGUUGGAAACAAUAUGAUUGCUGUUGCAACACUUCCAGAGCUUGUUCUAAAGCCCGGUGACAAUCUCGUCAACCUGACUUCGGUCGCAAACCAAACAAUGGUUUUGAGCUUGAUCACUACGCAAUACCAGGAUGCGAAGUUGCCAGUGCGCAUUGUUGGCAACAACAGUACCGCCAAUGGACAAGAUCUACCUUAUUUCACUGCUGCCCUCAAGGCGCAAACACUGGAAACGACAUUGGAUCUUGGGCCUGCUUUAAAAGCCGCAGGCAUUACUUUGAAAUAGAAAUCCUUGUAAUAAUCUUCUGGCUUCUCGUUCGUAUUAAAUAUAUCUUCAAAAAGGAGUAAUUCAGCAUCCGUCCAGCUUGAGAUAUCUCAUUGAAACGUCACGUGUUGAUGCCACUGGAGCUCUGUGCUAGGAAUGGCAUAAUAAGUGAUGGAGAGCUUGCCGUACACGGAGAAGGUAUGAAGCGAAGAGCUGAAGGCAUACACAACAGUUUAAUAUCAUUACGCCAUCUGAGCCCUGACGGUGAUUGCGCUUGAAUGUUGAGCAGAAAGGGCUUAUUACGAUCCUUUGUACAUUACUAUAGCAGUAUUAAAUGGUCAUGAUACGGUCAGAAUUUAAUUGCAGCCUAGGUGGCUUGCAAUUACAUAUGACUGCUCACAGCCUCCUCCGACAUCAUAGUCUCUACUAAAUGGGAUAUUCAACGACAUGAGUUUGAAAUGGAUUCGCCAACAAGGAAGCACGGAGAGCUUGCGAGACUUUCCGACUAUUCGGUCAUGCCUAGAGAAAUUUCAGUGGCCGAGGACAUGAUUGCAAAUCAAGUAGCAGUAGAUUUGCACAGCUUAAGGAUCUACAGAGAAGAGACGUCUUUUACUCCUAAACACGUAGAGCAGUGUAUGUGGGCUUUCAUUGGCUGGAGAAAGCUGCUAGUCGAGAUCGUUCGUGGUGCAUG